GCUUCCAGCAGCUCUAUGUUGGGCCAGAGCAUCCGGAGGGUCACAACCUCUGCGAUCUGUAGGUGCCACUAUGAGGAGGCUCCUGGGAAGAAUUUGCCAUUUUCAGUGGAAAACAAGUGGCGGUUACUAGCCAUGAUGUGUUUGUACUUUGGAUCUGGAUUUGCUGCACCCUUUUUUAUAGUAAGACACCAACUGCUUAAAAAAUAAGGGUGUUUCAGCUCAUCCGUUUAACAGAUAUGAAGAGCAUUUUAAGAGGCGCAGUCUCUGGAAAAUGGAUCAAACUCAUAUGGC